UUCUACUUUGUUUGUAGUUAAGGGUAUCAAAGAAACAAAAACUAAAAUAACUGAAUGAAUAGUUUCUUAUCUUGAUGUGGUAAGAAGGAUAAUAGCAACAAGGUUUUCAAGUCUUAAGCUUGUAUCUCUUCUACCACAAUAUUUGGAUGGAUCCUAUUGUUCUAUAACAAGUAGCGCACACACAUGCUAAUUUGAAUAAAUAUAAUUUAUGAAGGCCUAUAUAGAAAAUCGGCUAGUAACACCGAAAAUUGGACUCCGUUUUCUUAGUCAACAAGCGAAUGCUAAGAAAUACUCCAAUUCGCUUUGUUUACCAAAAACAAAUUUCCCUAUUAGAAGUGAUGAACGUGAAAAUGAGAAGAAGUAUAUGAAAGAAAUAACUGAUGAUUUAUACUCAUGGCAGAAGAAGAACCUCCCCUCUUCAAAAUCUUUCGUUCUUUUAGACGGACCUCCUUACGCGAAUGGAAAGUUACAUAUCGGUCAUGCAUUGAAUAAAAUUUUAAAAGAUAUCGUGAAUCGCUGGAAACUGCUAAAUGGCUAUCAAAUCAGGUAUGUUCCCGGAUGGGAUUGUCAUGGGCUUCCUAUUGAAUUGAAAGCGGUACAACAAAAUGAUAAAGAAGGAUCCCCAUGUCAGAUACGAAAAACGGCCAAAGAGUUUGCAGAAAAUGCCAUGAAUGGUCAGAUGAACCUCUUUCGUCGUUUGGCAGUUAUGGGAGACUGGUUUUCCAGAUAUACGACUAUGAGCCAUGAGUUUCAAAUUUCAGAAUUACAAGUUUUCCAAACAUUGGUAGAGAAAGAAAUGGUUUUUCGACAGCUAAAGCCUGUAUACUGGAGUCCAUCCAGUCGUUCUGCCCUUGCUGAGUCUGAAAUUGAAUAUAAUGAUAAUCAUGUUAGUUUUUCGCUUUACUUCUCAUUUCCAGUGAAUAAUUUUACGGUGGAAGGAAAACCAUAUGAAAAUGUAAAGGCUUUAAUUUGGACUACUACACCGUGGACUGUACCUUCCAAUUUGGCACUUGCCUUUCAUCCAGGAGUGGAGUAUGGAAUCUUUUCUAAUGGUGAACAGAAGUAUAUUGUAGCAAAGAGCUUGGUAAAUUCAUUGCCUAUUCUAGAAAGUUUUGAAGAAAUUGAAACAUGUACCUAUGAUACUAUUCGAUCACUCACAUAUCAAAAUCCUUUGAUUCCCGGGAAAGUGUUUCCAUUUCUACCUGCCGAAUAUGUAUCUGAUACCACUGGUACUGGCAUUGUACAUGUUGCUCCGGGACACGGAAUGGAUGAUUAUCUACUAGGUUUGGAACAUUCUCUUCCCCCUUUUUCUCCCGUCGACGAUAAUGGCGUAUACACAAAAGAUGCUCUGGGUGGAUCCUUAUUUGGUUUAAAUGUGUUAAAUGAAGGAGGAAAACAGGUUCUUGAGCUUAUGAAAGCCAAUGGCAUGGUAGUUCAGCUAGCUCCUUAUAAACACCGUUAUCCAUAUGACUGGCGAAAUCGGAAGCCUUUAAUUUUGAGAGCAACUGCUCAAUGGUUUAUUUCUUUGGAAGCUGUUAAAGAUAAAGCGAUUGAAGCUCUUCAAUCGGUUAAAAUGAUUCCCCUAACUGGAAAGUCACGGCUUUCCGGGUUUCUGAACAGUCGUCCUGAAUGGUGUAUUUCAAGACAACGUUCUUGGGGUCUUCCGAUUCCUGUACUUUAUGAGAAAGCUUCCGGAAAAUCAUUACUUACUUCAAGAAGUAUUUCUUAUAUCAUAGACAAGAUGAAAGUAAAAGGAGUUGAUGCCUGGUUCAACGAAGAUGAAAAUAUUGAUUGGGUUCCUCCGGAAUUCAGAAAUAAAGAUUAUGUUCGUGGGAAAGAAACUCUUGAUGUUUGGUUUGAUUCCGGGAGUGGUUUUACUACAGUACCAUUUCGUAAAGAUAAACCUCUUAUAGAUUUAUGCCUUGAGGGAAGUGAUCAACAUAGAGGUUGGUUUCAGUCUCUUAUUCUGAUUUAUCUUGCAGUUACUGGCAUAAAAGAAUCACCUUUUCAGUCUUUAUUUACUCAUGGUUUUGUCUUUGAUGAAAAAGGAAUGAAACAAUCCAAGUCUUUAGGAAAUGUUACGGACCCAGAAGAUAUUUUGGAUGGAAAAAAUAUUACCUCAAAAAAGCAGUUGUACGGCAUAGAUUUGUUGAGACUAUGGGUUGGCAGUUGUGAUAGUACUAACGACAUAAAUCUCGGACCCAACUUACUAAACCAAGUUGGGGAAUCGCUAAAAAAAUGGAGACUUACAUGUCGAUUCUGCUUGGGGAAUCUGGGCGAUUUUUCUUUGGCAGACGAAGUUGUUUAUAAUCGACUUCAUCGUGUUGAUCAAUUAGCUGUUGCGAAAACAAGUGAAUUUCAGAAUGAAGUCAAAGAGAAUUACAACUCCCUCGCUUUCAAUAAGGUUGUUCAAAGUAUUUUUCAAUAUAUGAACAGUUUUCUUUCUUCAACCUAUUUUGAUUCAAUCAAAGAUCGGUUGUACUCAGAUGCCCCAAACAGUCUUUCUAGGCGAAGUGCUCAAACUACACUAUAUAAAAUUCUGCUAACCCUUUUGUGGUCAAUGUCCCCUAUCGUACCACUGUUGUCUCAAGAGGUAUGGAGGAGCUUUCCCAAGGCUUUACAGCCUUCGUAUUCUACGCCUUUUCAUGCUGGUACAGACUUUUUGCUUCAAGAUUUACAGAAAUUCGUCAAGCAAGAUAAAGAAUCUUUAUUGGAGGAGCAUCAAUUAUUGCUAAAGAUAAAGUAUUCGUUUAAUUUGUUGCUACAAGAAGCAAGGAAUCAGCAUGGUAUUCGAAGUCCAUUGGAAACAGAGACCAUAAUUGGGGUUGAUAAUCAAGGAUUGCAGAAUGUUCUGAAGAAAUAUGGGAAUGAUCUAUCGUUGAUUUUGGGUGCUUCUAGCGUCCGUUUGCAUACACUGGACAUUACUAGUGACUCAAAAAAUUCCUCCUUGUGGACUCUGCAGAAUACUGCGGCAUCUAAUCUCGGAAAGUUACAAAUUAGGAUGCAACCUGCGCAGUUGAAAAAGUGCUUGAGAUGUUGGAUGCAUACAGUUUCAGAAGGAGAAGUAUGCCAACGUUGCAACAGCGUCAUGUCCCCAUAAAUACAUCGUUUUGUCUACGAAGAGUAAAAUUUAAUUUUGUAACUUAGACUAUUUCAUUUUCUAUUAAAUUGAUACCUAAAUAAUAUCCU